GCUCGCUUUCAACAGUAGAUGUUGGGAAGGUGUUGAUGUUGUCCUGUGCAUUUAGAAAAGUGGAAAGUGUCCCCAAGUGCAGUCACAAAAACCAUCAAGAGCUACAAAGAAACUGGCUCACAUGCGGACCGCCCCAGGAAAGAAAGACGAAGAGUCACCUCUGCUGCGAAGUUCAUCCGAGUCACCAGCUUCAGAAAUCGCAGGGUAACAGCAGCUCAGAUAAGAGACCAGGUCAAUGUCACACAGAGUUCUAGCAGCAGACACAUCUCUAGAACAAUUGUUAAGAGGAGACUGUGUGAAUAAGGCCUUCAUGGUAGAAUAUCUGCUAGGAAACCACAGCUAAGGACAGGUAACAAGCAGAAGAAACUUGUUUGGGCUAAAGAACACAGGGAAUGGACAUUAGACCAGUGGAAAUCUGUGCUUUGGUCUGAUGAGUCCACAUUUGAGAUCUUUGGUUCCAACCACCGUGUCUCUGUGCGACGCAGAAAAGGUGAACGGAUGGACUCUACAUGCCUGGUUCCCACCGUGAAGCAUGGAGGAGGAGGAGGAGGUGUGAUGGUGUGGGUGUGCUCUGCUGGUGACAUUGUUGGGGAUUUAUUCAAAAUUGAAGGCAUACUGAACCAGCAUGGCUACCACAGCAUCUUGCAGCAGCAUGCUUUUCCAUCCGGUUUGCGUUUAGUUGGACCAUCAUUUAUUUUUCAACAGGACAAUGACCCCAAACACACCUCCAGGCUGUGUAAGGGCUAUUUGACCAAGAAGGAGAGUGAUGGGGUGCUGUGCCAGAUGACUUGGCCUCCACAGUCACCGGACCUGAACCCAAUGAAGGCAAAAGGGCCAACAAGUGCUAAGCAUCUCUGGGAACUCCUUCAAGACUGUUGGAAUACCAUUUCAGACCUUUAUCGUUGAAUUGUCUGUGGCCUGGAUCCUGUACAUUUAAUGGCUAACAUGAAAGACUCUGAGACAGCAAAGCCGGAACUAAAGGACACGCCAACCCCACAAAUGAUGGAGGAGGCACUUUAUUACUUCAAGCAAAUUACCUCCAAGGCACCCAUGAAAGGAAACAUUACUCUUGUCAAACACCUUACUACCCUUGAGUCUGUUGGCCUUAAACAUGGCAUCCCUGAAGAUGGUGUUGACAUUCUGCUCAGACUUGCUCUAAGUGGCAACCUUGUUGAAAGUGUGAAUAUACGAAUCCUAAAGUGCCUGAUUCCUGCUACAGAGCUGCAACAAGACUGUAUUAUUGCUGCUGUGUCUCUUUUUUGUACCGGAAGAAGUACCACCAAUACACAGAUCCUGUUCAUUCGCUGGGUAAUUUCUGUGUUUGAUCUUAUUCCAUGCAAAGAUGUCCUCUCCUCACUUUACAACUAUUUCUUCUGUUUGCUACAGGAUGACAAAUUGUGCCCAUUUUUAUGUCACCUGCUCUACCUGCUAACCAGAAAGGAACAUGUGAAGGCAUACAGAGUUCGAAGUCUACUUGAACUGCAGAGCAGGAAGGGACUGCAACCACACAUCCUUGGCCUUCUAUCCAUAUAUAAAAUAUUUUGUCCAGAGUUGGUUUCCCUUACUUUACCCAGCAGAAUAAAGAUGUACUUCAAGGAUUCUAACUUGCUGUUUACUUCGGAGUUGAAAUCUAUGAUAAGAUUUAACUUGGGGGAUCCUGUAAAAGAUUAUAGGCUGUAUACAGAAGAAAGUAAGAAUCUUGCAUCUAGAUCUGUCAAAAGGAAGUGGAACAGUAAUCUUUUUGUGCCUGUGAGCAGCAGUACUCUUUGGAACAGUGAUUCCCACAAUUUUGCAUCCAGUAAUACCUUCCCUAUGGAGAAAAUUCUGACUUUUUCACAGCUUCUGGAGAAUAUCCUAAAACUUGAGCUGCCAGCUCAGAUGGGCUGUGUAAUACAGAGUCCUUUAUUGUUGAAUUACAUUAACUGUAUUAAUGAAGAUGACUCCUUGCUACGACUGAACUACUGGUUGGCAUUUACACUUCAUGAAGAAUGCGCCUGGUACACAGGACAGCAACACAAUAAACAGAAAGUGGAAGCCUUUUUAAACACUGUUGUACACACACAGGAAUUUCUACAAGAAGGACUUUCAGGCACUGAAGAAUUUCUUCAUAAAUGUUUACCACGCUGGAAUGGGAUUCAUUGCACCCAGAUAUUGCAACUCAUUAGUUGGAUUCCACUUUACUCCUUUUCAGACCUUGAAGCUCAGCUGUUUGAAACUCUUAUUCAACUGUUUGUCUCAUCAUCAUUGAGUAUUAAAAUUGACGUGAUAAAGAUUCUGAAAGAACUUUUGCAAAAUUGGUUGGUGAAACAUUCUGUCUGCCCAGAACAUGGAGGUGUAGACAAGAACGAUACAAUGUCAGGCUUGAUGACCUCUGUUGAUGACAUGAUCCAGUUCACAAGCCAUUUGUGUACUUUGGGCAUCCAGUUACAUAAUAGUCCACUAUUCCUACACAUUACUCUAGACUUCUAUAGAUUGGUCUCAGAUGUAUAUGUACGGUUUGAUUUGCCACUGAUUGUCCUCCCACCUCCUGCAGUCUUUUAUGCAGCUCUUCUUUGUACAGACUCUGUCAACCUUAACCAGCUCUGCUAUGUCAUGUAUAGGUACAGGGAUAAUCUCUUGACAGCAAAAAAGAAUGAGCAAGAUAAAACUAGUCAAGUCCUUUUAAAUAUAAGCAGCCAUACAUUUCAAUUGUAUAACCAGUAUUUGACCGCCAUGGUGGGAUGCCUUUGGACAUCACAGGCUUUUACCUAUGACAACCAUCCACAGGGCAUCAGAAUGGAGCCAGAACUACUUGAAAAGGCAGGAGUUCCGACAUAUAAGAAGACUUUCAAUAUAGUAUUUCACCCUGCGUUGUUGAGCUUUGCUGUUGACUUUUUAAGAGAUAGGCACUCUGAAGGCAAAAUGUUUGAACUGAGUUUCUUGAAGGGCCGGUAUUGGGAUUCUUAUAUUGAAUUUCUCUGCAGUGAAGGAAUGACUGAUCUUAAGCUAUUCAUAGAGAGUAGUGUAAAUCGCGUGAGCUCCAAGAAGAAAGAAGAACAAGAACGUCAAUCCUAGUUUGAAUGCUUGCCUUUUGUACAUGUCAGUGGGACUGUUUUGCACAAAUAAACUCUGAAGUACAGAAAAACUUAGCCCCUAUCCACCGGACCCCCCGCCCCAACUCUCCCCCAGAGCAGCACGUCAUGACCCCCGCCCGAAGAGGGGGUCGGCAUGCCCCCUCCAUAUAUCUCUAUAGGACAGCUGAAGAAGAUAGCAGAAUGGCUCUCCCAUAGAGGAGAUUGCAGGGUCCACAGCGGUCAGACCCCCUGCAAUCUAAAACUUAUCCCCUAUCCUGUGAAUAGGGGAAAUGUUUUUCUGUACUUCUAGGCAUGGGACUUCUUUAAGGUUGGGUUCACACUGUGUUCAAGCUGCCAGUAUGCAGAUGUAUAUAAUGGCAGGCCCAUGCCUUUUUGCUGGUAUUAUGGUGAAAUACAGACAGAACAUAUAAACACAGCCCAGUAAUCAACAUUUAUGACAUAUUUGCAUAUGCCUUAAAUGUUUUAUUGUAAGUGUCCAAUAAAGGCAUUGUCAUACAUGCAUGGUUGUUCUGUGACAGGUAAAAAGAGAUCUGGAAAGUGGUAAGCAUGCUCAUUUGAUGUGAUAUGCCAUCAUAUCUGUAUUUGAGAACUCUAUUUAAGAUGUAAACCUUUGUUCAUUGAGUCAUGUAUAGUUUAAAAGGCCCCUGUUUCAUUUUAGCAAACCUAACAGUAGAACAUUGAUCAUUCUGUUUUUAACCCCCCAAAAAAGUGUAGUUUUCUGUUUAGGUUCUGAUGGCUUGUUUUGCAUUCCAGACAGUAGCAUAUUUCCAGUUAACAUUAGAAGGAGCACAUUUAAACCCUUACAGUCACUCUAGAAAUACUAGUUCAAAUUAUAGUGCAACUCCUGGUACAUUUCAAUAAAUAGCUAUCAAAUCUGAAACUUAAAAACAGUAAAAAUUUUAAAUUGUUUAAAUAUUUGUUAUUAAUGUAUGAAAUGUUUAAUUCUUAUGAUUGUAGCUUUGCACAGUGCUCUUUAUUUUGUUAGGACAAAAUAGUUGUUGCUUUGUUGCUUGCAAGAAUACAUGUCAUUUUUAAAUACCUGUUAAUUUGUGUCAAGAAGUUCUU